UAYGGACGCUGUCUGUUCACUGUCAAAUCAAACCUGAUAUAGAGUGAGUUACUAUACUGCUGGGAACAUCAUUUACCAAAGUUAACCAACAGGUUUGACAUGGAGUCAGUUGAAGUCGUCAAUAAUCAGAAUGUGGUUGAGAGGGUGGCCAGCCUCCCCUUGGUGAGCUCCACCUAUGACAUGGUGUCCAGUGCCUACUGCACCACCAAGGAUAACCACCCCUACCUCAAGUCCAUGUGUGAGGUGGCCGAGCUGGGGGUGCGAACCAUCACCACUGUGGCCCUCACUGGUGCAGCGCCGAUCAUCGGCAAGCUGGAGCCACAAAUUGCCAUGGCCAAUGACCUGGCCUGUAAAGGUUUGGAUAAGAUUGAGAAGACCUUGCCAAUCCUACACCAGCCUUCUGAGCAGAUUGUUGCCAACACCAAGGAUGCAGUGACCGGUGUCAAAGACGUGAUGUCUGUCACCGUCACGGGGGCCAAGGACAGUGUGUCCCACACCUUGACUAGCGCGGUGGACCGGACUAGGGGCGCUGUGCAGGACAGUAUGCAGAUGACCCGGGCUGCGGUCAGUGGUAGCGUAAACACGGUGAUGGAGAGCCGCAUGGCCCAGAUGGUCAGCAGUGGAAUGGACACGGCCCUCACCACCUCCGAGCGCUUGGUGGACCAGUACCUGCCUCGCACUGAGGACGAGCUGGAAAUGGAGGCUAAAACGGUGAAAGGGUUCGACGUGGCCAAGGAUGCACCUAACUACUAUGUCCGUCUGGGCUCUCUGUCUACCAAGCUGCGUAAGAGAGCGUACCACAAGGCCCUGGCCCAGGUCAAAGACACCAAGCAGCGCAGCCAGGAGUCCAUCUCACAGCUCAACCACACUGUGGACCUGAUUGAUUACGCCAGAAAGAAUAUUGACGGAGCUAACCAGAAGGUGAAAGGCAAACUGAGCUCCCUGGUCGAGUGGAAGUCUAAUGAAGGAGAUGGCAAUGAGGCAGAGAACAUAGAGUCGAGGACCCUGGCGAUGGCUCGCUCCCUCACUCAGCAGCUGCAGACAACGUGCCUGGCGCUAGUCUCUGGUCUGCAGGGCCUUCCACAGAACAUCCAGGAGGAGGCGCUGUCCCUUAGCCACUCUGCCUCGCAAAUCUACUCCAGCUUCAGCAAAGCGUCGGUGUUCGGGGACCUGUCGGAUGGCGUUCUAGCCAGCAGCAAGGCCCAUCUGAACAAGAUGAAGGAGUCGCUGGAUGACGUCAUGGACUACCUGGUGAACAACACGCCCCUCAACUGGCUGGUACCAGACUUCACCUUCUCAGACUUGGCCUCGGAACCUGACCUCUCCUCAGUUGAGGACGAUGGCAUGUCAGAUGAGUCCAACAGCAACGAACCCCUAUCAGCUCCCCUUGCCCACCAAUAACCUGCAUUGUCAGAUAAAUAAAAUGUCCACAGAUCAUCUGUCUGUAAUGCUUAGUUAUAUUUGAAAAUAGAUUCUAAUAUUUUUGAAAUACCAUUGGUAGACAUUCAUAGUAGUUGAUUUGGACACUGUAUUUGAAAAUACACUAUGUAUUUAAAUAUGUAGGUAUUAAAUACACAUGGAUUUGAACAAAGGUCUGUUCUGUUGUGGAAUGAAAAAAUAUUUAUUCGCUGUGAAAAAAAAUACAGUUUUGAAUGGGAUUCAAGAUAUCAUAGAAUCCAUGAGCGCAGUCAUUUAAGAUACCAUUUUUGUGGAUUAUCUACUGAUGCCUUAAUGACAGCGUUUUUCAUUUUUGUACUUCUUGCACUAAACCGUUUAAAAACUACAAGGCACAGAAGGUGGCCACGUUCCCAGCGUAUUUUCAUGGCAGGUGUGUGAGCCUUUAAAUAAACAUUGCASCUAUACAGUAA